CUAUUUUCAUCAAUAUACCGGUGCGUCCGGUUCGGAACUUUAUAACAAACCGAGAGGUUGUCCGAAGUAUACACCCCCCCUCCCGGAACUUUAACAAGCGACUGUUUUCAUUGCCUACUUUACUGUCUAGCAGCGAUGGAGUUUAAUCCGACGAGUACUGUUUUGACGCUGCUUUUGAUUCAAAGUUGGUGCGUCCCCCAGUCCCUGUCGUUUAACGUGGGAACGGCAGGAGCCAAGGUAUUCUCUGGACCUGCAACAGAGGAGUUUGGAUACACUGUGCAUCAGUUCAAAAACCACUUGGGCAAAUGGCUGCUGGUCGGCUCCCCCUGGAGUGGAUAUAAACAGGACAGGAAGGGAGACCUCUACAAGUGUGAGAUCACAGGGUCCACUUCAAACUGCCAGAGACUCAACCUGCAGAACUUAGUCACCAUAUCAACCGUGAAGAACAUCAAUGUCAACAUGAGUCUGGGAUUAACUCUUACACACACAGCUACAGAAGAUAAAUUCAUAACUUGUGGACCUUUGUGGGCUCAAAAAUGCGGAAGUCAGUAUUAUUACCCAGGGAUCUGCGCAGAAGUCAGCCCUCUCUUCAAACCACUGCCUGCAUUCUCACCUGCCCUUCAGACUUGUGGGGGCCCUAUGGAUGUUGCUAUUGUGUUGGAUGGAUCCAACAGUAUAUAUCCCUGGCCCCCAGUUGUAGACUUCCUCAAGAAGCUGUUGGAGAACUUGGAUAUUGGACCUGAUAAUACUCAAGUAACUAUUAUACAGUACGGGGUUGAUCCAUUUAUUGAAUUCCAUCUGAACGCCCACAAAACCAAACAGUCCAUGAUUACAGCUGCAGCUAAAAUACCUCAGAGACAGGGCCUGGAGACCAACACCUUCCGGGCCAUUGAAUUUGCCAGAAAGCAGGCGUUCUUGCCUGAAAAUGGGGCUCGACCUGGAGCCAGCAAGGUGAUGGUCGUGGUGACUGAUGGAGAAUCUCACGACAAAAACCUCAGAGAUGAUGUCAUCAGGAAGUGUGAGACCGAUAGGAUCACCCGCUUUGGCAUUGCUGUCCUUGGUUACUACAUAAGGAAUGACAUCGACACUAAGAACCUGGUUGAUGAGAUAAAGUCCAUUGCAAGUACACCGACCGAUCGCUAUUUCUUCAAUGUGUCAGCAGAGGAGGCUCUGCUGGAGAUUGCUGGGUCUCUGGGAGACCGCAUCUUCAACAUUGAGGGUACUGGGAAAGGUGACGGGGACUUUCAGAUGGAGAUGUCCCAAGUAGGAUUCAGUGCCCACCAAACCAAGAAGCAGAAUAUGAUUAUGCUGGGAGCCGUUGGGGCCUAUAGCUGGAGUGGUACCGUGGUUCACUACACCUCUCAGAAGUCAGACAUCUUCCCUCAGACAGCCUUUCAGACAAUCCUACAGGACAAAAACCACAGCUCUCUAUUGGGCUACUCCGUGACAACGCUGAACGAUGGGACAAUGGAGUACUACGUGGCCGGCGCUCCUCGCUCCAACCACACUGGACAGGUCAUCGUGUACACCAUCAAUGCCAAAGGACAGCCCAUCGUUCUAGACUCCCAGAGGGGGGAUCAGGUAAGAGGACAUCCCAUCGUUCUAGACUCCCAGAGGGGGGAUCAGGUAAGAGGACAGCCCAUCGUUCUAGACUCCCAGAGGGGGGAUCAGGUAAGAGGACAUCCCAUCGUUCUAGACUCCCAGAGAGGGGAUCAGGUAAGAGGACAGCCCAUCGUUCUAGACUCCCAGAGGGGGGAUCAGGUAAGAGGACAUCCCAUCGUUCUAGACUCCCAGAGAGGGGAUCAGGUAAGAGGACAGCCCAUCGUUCUAGACUCCCAGAGGGAGGAUCAGGUAAGAGGACAGCCCAUCGUUCUAGACUCCCAGAGGGGGGAUCAGGUAAGAGGACAGCCCAUCGUUCUAGACUCCCAGAGAGGGGAUCAGGUAAGAGGACAGCCCAUCAUUCUAGACUCCCAGAGGGGGGAUCAGGUAAGAGGACAUCCCAUCGUUCUAGACUCCCAGAGGGGGGAUCAGAUAGGCUCCUACUACGGUAGCGUGCUCUGUCCCCUAGACGUGGACAAGGACGGUGUGUCUGAUCUACUGCUGGUCGGAGCUCCCAUGUUCAUGAGCGAACACAAGAAGGAGAAUGGAAAAGUCUACCUCCUCACUUUCACUAAGGGCAUCCUGAGCGACCAGGGUGUCCUGAAGGGCCCGUCCCCAGCAGAGAACGCUCGUUUUGGGAUGUCCAUCUCAGCGGUUCUUGAUCUCAACAUGGAUGGCUACAGUGAUGUGGUGGUGGGGGCCCCACUGGAAGACGACAACCGAGGUGUAAUCUAUGUUUUUAACGGAGAUAAGAAGACCCUCAGGACCGAGUACUCUCAGAGAAUCCUUGGCUCCAAGCUAGAUCCUCUGCUGCAGUAUUUUGGGAGGUCCCUGGACACCAGUUCUGACUUAAACGACGACACCAUCCCAGAUGUCUCAGUGGGGGCUUAUGGGAAAGUUGUCCAGCUCUGGUCUCGAGGUGUGGCCAUAGUGACAGCCAGUGUCACCUUCAACCCUGAUAAGAUCAGCAUCUUGAGUAAGAAGUGUGUGGUCAACGGAAAACGCACGUCCUGCUUCAACACCGAAGUCUGUUUCAGUGCUACCUUCAAGCCCAAGAAUCCUGUUGGACCUGUGGCUCUCAGAUACAACCUGACUUUGGAUGCGGAUCUCCAGGGCUCUCGCUUCACCUCCAGGGGUCAGUUCAAGAACUCUGAGAGAAGCAUUCAGGCAGACAUCAAAGUUUCUCCCAUGGGGUUCUGUGACACCCUGGAGGUCUUCGUUCAGGAAGCUCCUGACUUGGUGAACUCCAUUGGUCUGCGUGUGGAAAUCGCUCUGCAGGAUCCAGACUCCAGUCCCGUUCUGGAUGUCCUCAGUCCAAACGCCUGGCAGUUCUUUAUUCCGUUCUCCAAAGAAUGCGGCUCUGACGAGGUGUGUGACAGUGACCUAGAGUUGAGCGUGAAGAAAGGACAAAUGAUUCCCAGCUCCUCCAAGAUGUUGAUCAGCUUAAAGAACAAGAGGCUCUCCUUCACUGUGUCUGUGGUCAACAAAAAGGAGAAUGCAUACAACACCAGAGUCAUAGUCAAAUACUCCAAAAACCUCUUCUACGCUUCCAUCACUCCUCCAAGCGAGAGUAAUGAGGAGAAAGUGGAAUGCACCUCCACCCAAGAGUCUUACGCAGUCUUAUGCAGGGUGGGGUACCCAGUUAUCGGGCCAAACCAAAAGGUGUCAUUUGAAAUCAACUUCGACUUCAACCUGUUAGAACGCCAGCCCAUAGCUGAUGUGAGAUUUGAAGUUCUCAGUGACAGCACAGAGGCAGAUAUGUCAGACAACCAUGUCUUACUCUCUAUCCCAGUCCACUAUGACUCAGAGAUCACUGUCUCCUGGAAAAUGGACCCGGAAUUCUACGUGAUUGAAGCGAACCACGAAGUGAAAACCACAGUGAACACUUUCGACGACAUUGGCCCCGAGUUCAAAUUCUCCCUGAAGGUUUCCACAGGGAAUUUACCAAUCAGUCUGGCCUACUUCACAGUGUCAAUGCCCAGCACCACAUCAAGAGGAAAUCCAUUACUUUACAUAACUGGUGUCACCACAGCACCUGCCGGCGAUGUAACCUGUGAUGUAACCCUCAACCCUCUGAAGAUUACACAACAGCCCUACACACCCACCUUCUCCAACGAAAACCUCAUGAGCACAGAAAUCCUGGACUGUAACACAGCCAAGUGCCAGCACAUGAAAUGUUUCCUGAAAGACAUGCAGAUAAAAAGCGCAUUUUUUGUGAACGUGACCUCGCGGAUUUGGAACGGUACCUUCGCAGCUUCCACCUUCCAGUCCACCACGCUGACAGUGAGCACAGAGAUUAAGACCUCCGAACCUGAACUGCUGAUCAUCUCUAACAAACACCUGACGUUUGGAGUCACCAUCAGUAAACCAGGGGAGAAAGGGGAGGUGCCUGUUGGGAUUAUAGUAGGCAGUGUGAUUGGAGGCCUGCUUCUAUUGGCUCUUGCCAUUGGCCUGCUUUGGAAGUUGGGCUUCUUCAACAGAAAGUACCAACAGCUGAUGAAGAACCCAGAGGAGGAAGAGGGACCAGAGACCCAAGGACUUCAGGAGAAUGCAGCAGCAUAAGAACCGGUUGCGGGGAAAGAAGCCGUUUUGGCAAACUACUGUGGCGCCUACAGCUUAAGAACACACAACAACCCAAGACCACAACUGCAUACCAACAGCAACUGAACCAACUUCAAUUGUACAUAACCGAAGCGACAUUUGAGGACACGUUAUUGGAAAGAGCUGUCAGGUCCUGCUGGUGGCUCCACCGUGAUUCGCUUUGCGGAGGAGUGUUUUCAGUGAAUCGUAAACACAUUGUAUGAGCGUGUUUGAGUGCAGUGGGAUUCGGGUGGUGGUGUGACUCAGGGCAACAGCUUUAACGAGUAGAGGAAACACAAACAUCAAACGCAUCCAGACACAGACCCCGUCCUGUCCCCCAUUUUAGAUAAUCCGUUGGAUACUCCAUCUGCUGUGCCUUGUUACUUAACGAAUCGGUACGUGGGUUUGUUUUUCUAUACAUUCACAGCAAUUAUGCCUUCAAGGAAAAGGCCAAUUGUUGGGUAAGAAGCUUGGGUAAUGGGUAUUUGUCGCAUCUAUGGACAGUACUGUAUAUUUGAUUGGAAAGCACAGUAGUACAUUGUAAAUAGCUGUUCUAAUGGAUAUGGACAAUAGUUUACGCUAAAGAGAUUAUGAAAACCAGCAGGGUCAUCAUAUGCUGGCAUAUAACAUUUUCAGCGCUUCGCUUUUCAGUGGAAGGGGUUUGGGCAUUAUAUUCAUGCUGAGGUAUCUUUAUUUAUUCGUGAAAGUUACACUUUGGGGCGAAAGGUUAGGACUGCAGUAACCGAAAAGGUUUUGUCCUUGAGCAAGGCUAUUAACCUCAAUGGCUCCUGUUCAGUCCCUCUGGCGCUUCUGCUGAUUGUCUGAAAUGUUUUUAGUAUUUAUUUUUUUAUUUUAGUGAAAAGAUUAUAGCAACAACACAUCUUCCCUAGUAUCAUUGACACACUUCCUCUUAGGGUCUUGUUUGCGGUUUUAGACGGAAAAUGCUGUAAUAAUUGAAAAACGCUAUAUUUAGCCCACUGUGAAGACACUGUCUGUAGAAUAUACACUGUAUUCAGAUCUAUUUGUAAAGAAUUUGGUGAAAUCAAAGGCAAAGUUAUUGAAUGUGUGAAAACCUUGUAUAUUUAUUGUGUGAUUUGAAUAUUAAAUGUAUAUUGUUCAAAAAACUAUUUGCUCAAUGGAACAUCCGGGCCAGUCAACCUAGAGGGCCAACAUACAUCUGGAAUUCAUUAUGGCCUUCUGAUCAGAGGGCAUGAGACCUGAGACAUUCACCAGCAGGAAGUGAAAAAGUGUUUAGGCUCAACAAGACUGGAGCUGCCUGCCCUACAGUGUAAAUGCAAUGUUAGAGUUUAUUUAUGUCUGUGCAGCUUUUGUAUGAGAUGAAGAGAAGCAUAGACAAAACUCUGAGGUAAUGUUUGAAAGAAAUAAACAAUGCACUGAUUUUUUUCAAGUGUUUUGGGGUACAUAGGCAUACCACGUCUUUCACAGAAAAAAUGUAUUGCAUAACUUUUGCAUAAUGACAUUUAUUGUUCACUGGCUUUGAUUUUAAAAAGUGUUGUAAAUAUGUUGAUUGGGAAUUUAAUUUCAUUAAAUCUUUACGUACAUAAAGAAAUAAAUGCCUUUUAUUUUUGAAUUGUUAUGGGC